UCUUAGGGGUCUAAUGACUGCAGGAUCAUGCUUCUGCAACAGUGGUGUUUGCUUCUCAGACUGGAAACAAAAAUAACUCUAACACUUAGUCAACAGUCAGAAAAGAGGAAGUGAAGAAUUGUUUCAUUCUUCACAUUUACACUCAGAGGACAGCUUCUCACGUCGGCAUCUGGUGUUCUAAAAUGUCAAUCCAGUGGGAAUAUUUCUGGUUGUUCUUGAUUUUGGGGAUGGUGCUGGCGUGUGCCGCCGUCAGCUUUGUCUUCUUCCUCAUCAACAGAUGCAUCUCCAGAGCAGUGUCAGGCAAACACAAAGUUCACCAAACAUCUAAAAGGAGUGUAAUCAGCAACAAAGACCAAGACAAGAACCUGGCAGCAGUGACCUACUCUUUUCCCAUCCGCACAACCCACACAAACCAUGAGAUCCAAGAUGAAUGCUACCAGAACUGUGCUGAGAAUAUUCCUGACGACCAUGACUACGAAGAGAACGAUUCCGAUGUUCAUGAUUACGAAGAGAACUUUGACAACGUCAGAAACAACGAAGUGAGCUUUCCUGCGGCACAUGAUAAAAAGGAGGGCAACCCGGAUGACCAUGACUAUGAAGAGAACAUUCCGGAUGACCACGACUAUGAAGAGAACUUUCCGGAUGACCAUGACUACGAAGAGAAUGAUCCCGAUGACCAUGACUACGAAGUGAAUAUUCCCGAUGAGUACAAACCAAACAAGCAAGACUUCUUUAGCUUCCAACCAACUCAUUUUCAUUCCACUCAUCGCCAGGACUACAAACCAAACCUUGCCAGUUACUUUCAUGCCCAGCAAAGCGAGAGUGAGCAACAGGACUAUGUUGAAGUUGUGAUGGAGGAGAGCACUCCCUCGCUCACUUAUGAAGCUCCUGACCCAGCAGAUGAUGUUAAUUCCCAGGACGAUUACGACGACAUCGACUGUGACGAAGAUUAUGACGACUUAGGCUAAAGCCGCACCUGAUGAGAGAGAAUGGUCAUUAAUUUGUUUUUACUUUGCUUUGAUGAGAGCACCAAAGGAGAGGUUUGUGAGAAAGAAAUGAUAAUGUGAUCCGCUGACAGCCAGUUAGAUCAGCAUCCAUCAGUCACUCACUUCUACUAUAGAGUGCACCACGCUUGAUAGAAAAAGUUUAUCAAUGGUGAAAGGAGAAGCCCAGGGCCAAAAAAGCUGCAUGCUUCAGGUGAUUUUCUGUCAGGUCCAGCCCAAACACCCGAGUUCUAUGUUUGCAUCUCUGUUUCUGCUGUCAUUGAAAUCUCGAUAAAAACGCUGCACUUCUGUUUCCGUUUCAAGAACUAGAAGGAAGGGGUCUUCUAGGCAGCCACUCACCAGUGGGACAGAGAUUCCCGGUUUUUAGUACUUAACCUGAUCAUGUGGUCUGCAAUCCAGGUCCGAUCAAGAGGGGUUGCUUUCUUCAAGUCAAUAAAAUGAUUGUUGUGCAUUAGCAGACAAAACAGCUUCACCUGAUAAAAGAUAAAAGAACAGAUGGCUCUUCUCAAUGUGUGUCCAGAUCACACAACAGAAUAAGCUGAUUUUAUCUUCUUUAACAUCUUUAAUUCUGAGAUGGCAAUCAUUUCAAGCCUCUGAGUCAAUACAAUCCUCAAACAAGACAAAAAAACAGAAUAAAAACCAGAAACAAUAAUCUGCUGACCUACAUACAUUUUUAAUAAUCCGACACUAACACCCCAUAAUAACACAGUGUUAGACGUUCAAUAGGUCUGAGCGGGAUUGAGGUUCUGCCAGUUUAUGGUAUCACUACCCUCCCUGUUGUCAUCCAAAAAAGAGCAACAUGAAAUGUGGCUGCAAUGGAGGCAGCAAGGGGCAUCAACUCCCUCACCCUCAGCUGGACACACAAACCUGUCAGACUUACACAGAUUCACAAUCUCAUCCUCCUGGUCUCGAUUGUUGUUUGCGCAGCUGCAGCAGCGCCUGCUGUUCUGGCAUCCUCCUGAGACAAAGCAAGACCUUGAGGCUGCAGAGUUUGGACCACCUUCUCCUGAACCUUUAUCUGGUGCUCCAGCUUCUGCCGUCAGCACUGCGACCUGACGACACAUGCAGAUAAACUGUUGAUCGAUUAAUAACUUAUGCUGUAGACGCCAUCUUUGUUGUGCUAAAGGAGCAGACACGUCUGGUUCGAUGGUGGGAAAAGUGAGCUUUUCUGUGAAAAUCUAGUCGCAGCCACUCGCAGCCCUGUUUUAAGAACUGUAAAGAUUUGUUUCACUGUACAUUUAUAUUCGUAAAAAUCACCAAUUGCGCUUUAAAUACAUGGAGGUGAGGAACAACAUUUGAAGAUGCCAACUUUGUGGGACACUUUGUUGCAUUUUAAAUUUGGACUGAAUUAACUUG